UUUCAGUGUAUUAAUCAAGUCUUGGUGCUUCUGGAAUUUGUUCUGUAUUAUUUGGUUAUCAAUACUGUCACAAGGAUGAAGGAAAAGAAAAUCACACAAGACACAGCUGACAGCGAAUGCGUUGGUCCAAAACAAAUGGAGGCUGAUUAUAAUAAUCCGGUCGACACUGCUAAUAUUCUUCUAUUACCAGUAAAGGUCAAAAAGAAAAAAGUGAAAAAAGCGGACGAUAAAGUAAUCAACCGGAAGAAGCACGAGGCAAGGAAAAGACGACUGGAAGAAACGGAAGUUAAAAUAUCUAAAACUAAGCGGAAGAAGCUAAUAAAAGUAAUGGAAAGGAAGAAGAAAAAAGAAUCGAAGGAAUCACUUCUGAAAAAUUUGAUGCAAUAUCAAUUAUCUACUGGCACAAUGAGCAAACUGACAGCAGAAAUUCAUCCGAGGAAGCGUGCGAAACCAGAAGAAUGUUUUGUUCCAAAGAAGUUAUCAAAUCUGGCAGGUUGUAAAUGCGUCCUCUUCCCUGAACUGAAGAAACAGCCAUUACAAGAAAAUUAUUACGAGACGGGAAGUGAAAGUGAAGAUGAUCUUUUGCUCACAGAAGAGGUAAUAACAAUGGACGCGGAAUCAUCAAUGUGCACUGUAGACGGCAAAGACAUGGAAAGAAAGCAAGUUGAGGAUAGUGCGGAUAGAAGACAAGAAAACUUAACGAACCAAAAUACUGAUGAGAGCAAGCUAAUGAUCAAACACCAUGAAACAAUAAAUUUAUUGGAACCAAAUACUUCGGAACUCGAUGUUGCAAAUCUGCCGGUUAAAAUAUCAUGCAUCAGAAACAAAAUGUCGCUGUUAGAAGGUGCACAGAAAAGCAACUUUGUUCCUGUUCAUCGCAGCGAAAGUGUUGAAGCACAACGGUCAAAGCUGCCUAUAUAUGCGGAAGAACAGAGCAUUAUGGAAGCUAUAAAUGAAAAUUACGCAACAAUAAUUUGCGGUGAAACCGGUUCUGGAAAAACAACACAAUUGCCUCAGUUUUUGUACGAAGCUGGUUAUACCCGUGACGGAAAAAUGAUAGGAAUAACUGAACCUCGACGCGUGGCUGCUAUGGCUAUGGCAGCACGUGUAGCACAGGAAAUGAAUCUACCGAAUGCAGUCUCAUAUCAGAUAAAAUAUGAAGGUAAUCGCUCAGCCGAAACAUCGAUUCUAUUUAUGACGGACGGCGUCUUAAUGAAAGAAAUGCAAAAAGAUGUGAUGCUUUCAGCUUAUUCUGUUAUUGUCAUCGAUGAAGCGCAUGAACGAUCGAUGUACAGCGAUGUGCUGAUUGGUUUGUUAACACGGAUAGCUCCUUACCGCUUCCGUAUGGGCUCACCGUUAAAGCUUAUUAUCAUGAGCGCAACAUUACGUUUGGUUGAUUUUAAAAAUAAAAGGCUGUUUCCCAUAUCGCUGCCACCUGUACUGACCAUUGAUGCAAGACAAUACCCAGUGUCUAUCCAUUUUGAAAAGCGGACACCAAAAAAUUACCUCGUCGCAGCGUUUCAUAAAAUAUGUGAGAUUCAUGAAAAGAAAGGUCCUGGGACGAUACUGGUUUUCCUUUCUGGGAAAUUAGAGGUUAUGGCGCUGUUAAAAUGGCUUGUGGAACGCUAUGCGAUUGGGAGAGUUGAGGGAAAAAAAUUGAAGCAGAGUCAACUGGAACUGAAGAAGGCAACUUCGAAUCAAUCGAAAAAAGCUGGAAAAUCUGCAGAUGAAGAUUUAGCCGACAAUAGGUUCGCUGAUGCUGACAAUUUGGAUUGUGGCGAUCCCGGUUCUGAAAUCAGUGAAAAUCUUCGUCCUGAAGGUCCAUGUCCACGACAUUCAUUAGCCCUUCCUCUUUUCUGCUUACCGCUCUAUUCCCUGCUCUCCAGUAAAAAACAGCAGCGGAUCUUUGAACCGGCCCCAGAUGGACAUCGUAUGUGCGUAGUUGCAACAAACGUAGCAGAAACAUCGCUGACUAUUCCCGCUGUUCGAUAUGUUAUCGAUAGUGGUCGUGAAAAGAGGCGUCAUUAUGAUCCGGUAACUGGUGUUUCUCAAUUUCUUGUAAGUUGGAUUUCGCAGGCAUCAGCCGAUCAGAGAGCUGGACGUGCUGGACGUGUUCAACCUGGCGAAGUCUAUAGGUUAUACUCCUCAGCGGUUUAUUCUGAUUUCGAGAAAUUUAGCCCACCAGAAAUACUGACUAAACCAGUUGACCAACUUGUACUUCAUCUAAAAUCUAUGAACAUCGUCAAGGUUGCGAAUUUCCCUUUCCCAACACCACCUGAUGAAGAUUCGCUGGAAGAAGCUGAAAGGCGUUUGAUCCGUUUGGGAGCCUUACAAGUGGCGGUUAAAAAUAACGUGAAACAGGCACGAAUUAAUUUGUUUGGAAAAACAUUAUCGAUUUUCCCAUUGGCGCCAGCUUUCGCAAAGAUACUUGUGAUGGCAAAUCAACAUUCUCUGAUGACUCAUGCUUGUUGUUUGGUUGCUGCACUUUCAGUUCGAGAACCACUCAUUCCUCUCUAUUCAUUAAGAGGUGGUAGUGAUAGAGAAACACAAGCUUUAAUGCUUCAAGUAUUGAAACAGAGACGAUCAUGGUGUCCACCCGGACAAGCGCGGAAUUUCGGUGAUCUCACUGUCAUCAUGCGAGCUAUUUUGAGUGCUGAAGCUUUAGAAGGAUCUCAAGAGGAGUGUCAUCGAUUGGGAGUUCGUCAUAAAGCGCUUAUUGAAAUUCGGAAAUUACGUCAGCAGUUAAUCAAAAUUAUCAAUUCAAGAUGUCCACAAGAUAAGCCAUUUACGGUAAAAAUAGAUAUGAAACCACCUACUGAUGAAGAAAUGCUAAUGUUAAGGCAAAUCGUGACUGCUUCACUUACUGAUAAUAUAGCCAAAAGAGUGGAUCCAGUGGCGGCUGGGGAUCUAUCCAAGGGUGCAUAUCAAUCUCAAAAAUUAAAGGACUAUGUUUACAUCGAUCCAGGUUCUAUAUUAUUUAAAGAUGAACCAGAGUGGGUGCUUUAUCAAGAAAUCGUUGAGCGGAAACAUAAAAAAUAUAUGCAAAAUGUGAUUUGUGUUGAGAGGAAUUGGUUGCCUCGUUUGGCGAAUACUUAUUGCCAUUUUACGUCAGUGAAGGAAGCUGAGCCACGAUAUGAUCCAGCCACAGAUAGUAUCCUCAUUUUAAUGGAUGGAACAUUCAGCGAUAUGCAUUGGUCUUUAGGCAAAGUUGAACAGCCGUUACCCGUUAAUGUCACUCUAUAUCGUUAUUUUGCGCAGUUUUUUCUCGAUGGUUCAGUCUGUCCAUCUUUAGCGACUUAUGCUGACAAGCUACUACUCUCACCAAGCACAAUGACGAAACCAUGGGCAAAAUUACAGAUGCGAACGGAGAAGCUGCUGAAUGCAUUGAUUGAAUAUGAGGUAACAAGUCGAGGACGUUUAGCGGAAGUAUGGAGGGAUAAAAGUGAAUAUCUUUUGGAUGAAUAUCUCGAAUGGCUUCCACAAUUCCUACAUGAAAAAGUUCAGAUGAACUGGCCACCAAGCUAA